CCCAGUGAGUAGCUAACAACCGUAUUUAUAUGAGUGUUUCGGGAUCCUUAUAGUUAGCGACUUGCAUCCUAACUGCAAUCACUGUCAAACAACACGGCAUAUGUCAUUUUUGUGCUUUAAAAGUGGCGCGUCAGGACUUGUUCAAUAGCGCAAUGCAAUAAGCGUCGCGUGGACUAAUUGGCAGCACCAACUAUCAACGAAAAGCCGGCCCGGGAGUCGUGAGAUUCUUGAGCUUGUUGUCAGGACAAGCAAGUGCUUUAUUCUGAAUAGAGCUCAUGUAAGUGGGCUGGAUCGGAGCGAUAGGACUGGAAUGUGACUGUUUAGCCAGAGAUAAAACAACCGGAUGAGCGAAGCCGAAGCGCAGGACUGGGAUCUGGGAGAAGCAGGAUGAUGAACCGCGAUCAGGGUAGAUUCAUGUGGACAGGAUGCGUGCCCUGAUUUCCCAGCCCCUCCCACUUCCCUCAACCACUUUCUCCCCGUAACCUUUCCGCUCCAUCCAGCACACUCACCAUGACGUCUACCCUGCAGACUCUAGCCUUUAAGCUGGCCCCACCUUCCAGAGAAUCUAGACCAGAGCAAUUUGAUUCCUGCAACAAUGGAGGGGAGCGUCGUUAUGAGGUGGUCCCUUCAGUGGUCUGUUCUAUGUGUUGUCUCUUUGGAAUCAUCUAUUGCUUCUUUGGUUACCGUUGUUUUAAGGCUGUACUCUUCCUCACGGGUCUGAUGUUUGGUUCCGUUAUCAUCUUCCUGCUCUGUUACAAGGAGCGUGUAUUAGACACACAGCUGAGCGUAGAGGCCAGUGUGGGCAUCGGCCUGGGCAUCGGGACCCUCUGUGGCUUGGUGACUAUGUUGGUACGCAGCGUGGGGCUCUUCAUGGUGGGGCUGCUUCUGGGCCUGCUGGUGGGCAUUGGGACCCUGAUAGGCAUGGAGGAGCUGUUGUCCAACCCCCCGCGUUCGGUGUGGCUGCCCCUGGGCGUGCUGCUAGGGCUGGGCAUGCUGUUUGCCGUCCUCACCCUGCAGUGGCAGAGAUGCUUCACCACACUCUCCACGGCCGUGUUUGGGGCCGCCGUGAUUGUCGUGGCCACAGAUUAUUUCGUGGAGCUCUUCGCGCUGAUGAGGUACAUUUACGAGCGAGUUAAAACGGGCCCCCGGGAGCAUGUGUGCUGGACUACGUGGGUGGUCUUGGGAGCCUGGCCUGCUCUUGCCCUGCUGGGUGUGCUGGUGCAGUGGAGAGUAACGGCAGAGGGAUACUCCCACACGAAGGUGAUGAUAAGUCGUCAGCAGCGACGAGUGCAGCUCAUGCGCAUUCAUCAGAAGGAGGAGAGGAGAGAGUGCAGCAGGAAGAAAAAGCGAAAGCAGCCACAGCACUCACACACGCACUCUGCCAAACCCCUGCAUCCAGAACCCGCCUACCGCAGGAAACCCAACCCUAUACGCCGCUUUGAUGGAGAUGUGCUUUCUCCUAGCUACAUCCAGAGUUUUCGGGAAAGGCAUGUGGAUGGGCGUGCUUAUCCAGUGGGUGGGCUAAUGAUGGGUCACACAAGUGUGGAUAUGGACUAUGACUGUGGGUCUACUGUGCCCCUCACAUCUGGGGCCGGACCGCAUGUUCGGGUCUGACCACACGUGCAUACUUGCACACAAACAGAUACACAAACACACACACACAUCUUACUACUCUGGUGCUGACCUGACCCUGACUGACUCAGUCCUACGCAUAUAGAGGUUUGGGUCUCUGACUUUGAGCAGCUCCUCACAAAAACAAAACAGAACUGAAUAAAAAUGUAAAGCACUUCACAGAGAAUGGAUGCAACUAUAACACUGGGUGCAUCACUCCAGGACUAUGGUUGUAUUAAAGAGCUGCUUUCUCUCCACUUCUUUCUCACACACAAUAACACAAACACAAUCAAAUCUGAACAUGUGCCUGAGCUGUGGCAUUGUGUUCACCUCAUAUUGAAAAUAUUAUGAGGUCAGUUGUGAAAAAUUAAUCUGGGCUCCAAUAUUUAAAAUUAUUUUCUAAUGUCUGUGUGGUGAAAUAGUGUUAACUUUUCAUCAAUGUUUCGCAAUAUUGCGUAUCGAAUUCAUCAGUUGGUGCUGAAUCUUGUCUGAAUCUUGUAUAUGGUUGACUGUCAUUUUAAAGUCAGCCGUACCCCCUCCCAUUGUAAAAUCUGUGGCUAAUACCACUCAGUGUAUGUACUUUUGAGAUCCCACAUUCCAGCCCAGGACUGUACCAAAUACCAGUGAGCAGCGGUGCCUUGCUUCGAGACACCAGUAAAAAAUUCUCUCAGAAGAAUAAAACUCCUUAGCCUUGUUUCAGAAAGGCUGUAGGGUAAAGAGCCAUAUUACUGCUGAUCAGAGCCACCUGGUCCACUCUGGGAUGCGGAUCUGAACGUCUGGUUAUGAAACGGAGCUGGAGAAAAGGAGCGAAGAUGAUACUCAGGGAGAACACAAAUGUUUUGGAGGGUAAACAUAAGAAAUAAAAUGACACCAAAUGAUGGUGUAAAACCAGAGAUUUAUCCACUUUUGUGACAAUCUUACCUACGGGGACUUCACCACAUUUGUUCAGUUACUGCUGUGUAUUAUACUAGUUUGCAGUGCCAUGCAAGUGAACAUUUGUGGAGGACACGAUGGAUGAGGCAGUUUCUCAAAGGAGCUAACUUCCUUUUACAAAGACCCCCGUAAUCCUUUGGGGGAAAACUGCAUGACAUAACGGUCUCCAGUUUCUUUUCCACAGUGCGUUCUCACGUCUGUCUUCAAACAAACAAAAGAAAAGAACAGAGUCUGCCAUGCUGUCUCACUUUUUUUCUUCUUCUUUAUUCCACUCUUCUAGUUGUACAUUUCUGCAAAGCAGAAACAUCUAUGUUAUGUUCAUAAAAGGCACAUUUAGUAUA